AAUUUCAUUUGUCUCGCCCAAAAAGCCAAGCCGUCCUGACUUGCCAGCGUCCAGGUGUCCAGGACCCCUUUCUAUCCCCCCCAGUCCGCCCUUUUUAUAUCAGGAAUGGCACGCCCCGAGAAAUUCCUGCUCUCAUUCCCACUCUUCUUCUCUCAUCCACCAUCUACUCGCUUCACUCGCCUUACCCUCUUCCCCGGGUACCUCACUCUCCCUCCUCUCUCUACUCUGAAAAAGUUCCAAACUGCGAACUUGCCUGGCUGCCGUCCACUGGAACAACAAUACAAACCCGUCGGCCUCUCGAACCCCUUCUGCCACCGGAACACCUUGCCCAGUCCAGAAGUCUCCCUCUACGCCUUCCACAGCCCUAUUCCACUCAGCUGCCUGUGACACCUUGUCCGGCCGGCCCUCGAUCAUUUAUUGUCCUUCCGAUAUCCUCUACACAAUGAUUGUCCGGGAAUCCGAAUCUUUCAACAUGGGCCGUGGAGCUUACGACACGACUGGCACCCCUAAACCGCCUCCACCGCCCAAGCGCCGUUAGAAGCACUCGCUUCUCCCUCGACAGCAUCCCUUCGCACCGCCAUUGCGACCACUUCGGCUUUCGACGACUUUUGCUGUCGGGGAAUGGAGGGAUGGCUUGCGCCGCCUCGUAAGUUAUCACGAUCGGCUUACCUUGCA